CCAGGCCAUAGGUGACACAAGUCAAGGGCCAGCAUGUUGGGCUCCAAAGGAAACUGAAUACUGGAGCGGAUCAAGCAGGAUGCACCUCAACGACCCAAGUGGGCCUCAGGCCUUUGUGAACGAUAGCGCUGGAGAUGGUGGAGUUUUUCCCAUGGGACAUGGAUAUCCGGUGGAGUACCAACACCUGGUGCACUCCCAUUGGCGGGGAUUCAGAGAAGCGCCCAUCUAUUACCAUGCUGGGUUCUACAUGGCCUUUGUCGUCAUGAUGCUAUCAAAUCUUUUUGGAAAUGGAUUGGUCAUCUGGAUAUUCUCUACAUCGAAGUCCCUGCGAACUCCCUCCAACCUGUUGAUUCUUAACCUGGCUAUUUUCGAUCUGUUCAUGUGCACCAAUAUGCCCCAUUAUCUCCUCAACGCCACAGUUGGCUAUAUAGUGGGCGGAGAUCUGGGCUGCGAUAUAUACGCUUUGAACGGAGGCAUCUCCGGGAUGGGGGCUUCCAUAACGAAUGCCUUUAUUGCAUUUGAUCGGUACAAGACGAUUUCCAACCCAAUUGACGGACGAUUGAGCUAUGGACAAAUCGUCCUGUUGAUAAUCUUCACCUGGUUUUGGGCCACGCCGUUUUCGGUACUGCCAUUGUUUCAGAUCUGGGGACGUUUUCGGCCGGAGGGCUUCCUGACCACCUGCUCCUUUGACUACCUGACCAACACGGAUGAUAACCGGCUGUUUGUGCGCACGAUCUUCGUGUGGUCCUAUGUGAUUCCGAUGACCAUGAUCCUGGUGUCCUACUACAAGCUAUUCAAUCACGUACGCGUUCACGAGAAGAUGCUGGCGGAGCAGGCCAAAAAGAUGAACGUCAAGUCCCUGUCGGCUAAUGCAAAUGCGGAUAGCAUGAGUGUGGAGCUCCGGAUUGCCAAGGCGGCCCUAAUCAUUUACAUGCUGUUCAUCGUGGCCUGGACUCCUUAUUCGGUGGUGGCGCUCAUCGGAUGCUUUGGCGAGCAGCAGCUCAUCACGCCCUUCGUCUCGAUGCUACCCUGUCUGGCCUGCAAGUCGGUGUCAUGUCUGGAUCCCUGGGUCUAUGCCACCAGCCAUCCCAAGUACCGCCUGGAGCUGGAGCGCCGCCUGCCUUGGCUGGGCAUCCGCGAGAAACAGGCCACAUCUAGCGCAUCCGGCGGCCAGGAGAGUGUGGCCAGCGUCAGCGGCGAUACAUUGGCUCUAAGUGUGCAAAACUAAUGGGACUACCGGAUAAACGAUCUGAAACCAUGAGGAAAUUUAUUUAGUUAAUUAGUUCUAAGGCGCAAUGAACUGAAAGAGUUCCAAAAAAUACAAACCAAAAAAAGAUGGCAUUCAAAAAAUUA